AUGACUUUGUUCUACGACCCCUUUGAUGCUGAUGAAGAGGAUGACUUUCUAGAACAUGAGCAGAAGAGAGGUGAUCGAGAAACGGAGAAAUUCUUGAACCGAGUGAAAAGCAAUGAUAGUUCUCUGAAAUCUCAGAGCUUUGACUUUUCGAUGACAAACAAGCAAUUUAUGGAUGUCAUCGAGACUCUGAAGCAUGCAUCACAUCUCCAAUGCUUGGAGUUCUACCACUGGGGAAUCCUAGUGAGCAAUGAAGAUGAGUUGCUAUCUUUGUUCCUGGCAACGUUGUCGAGUCUAAACUGCAUCAGCCACCUUGCACUGAAGAGCUGUGGGGUGACAGGUACUGGAAUUCAACGCAUUUGGGAGUUUUUGGCAGGUGAUCGAAACUUGCAAUCCCUUGAUUUGUCAAGGAAUAUGUUAGGAGGUAUCAGACAUGAAGAAAAUCUCGUGUUCUCAUUCAUAUCUUUAUCACACCAAUUCGUUGCACUUGAAGAAAUGAAUCUCUCAGCAACUGGGUUGACAUCUAAAUCCAUAUCUGCACUUCUGACAGGCUUGGGUGAAAAUUCAAUGUUGAAAUCCCUGGAUAUCUCCCAUAACAUUGAGUCGCUGCCGGAACUACUUGAAUGCCUUUUGCCUUUUCUGAAGUCUACGAGACUGCGAAAGCUUGUGCUCACGAAAGGUGCUAGUUCUGCAACAUGCAUCGACGCACAAGUAAAGGACUCCAUGACUGUGCUCCAAUUGACAGAAGAUGCAGUGAAACAAAAUUCUUCGUUAUGUUCCUUUGGACCAUUGUUCAUUCUUCCAGUUGAUAAACAUGCAAACUCGGAGACCAAACAAGCAUACCUUGUAUGCGCUCAAAUUCUCCAACGCAUCCAGUUCUAUUUGCAAAGAAAUCGACUUCGCUAUAAGAUAUCUGUUAUUGGUGGUGCCAACGGCAAACCUGGUUUGUAUCCAGCUCAUCACUUGGUCGAGACCCUUGCAAGUUGCAUAGAUGAUCCUUCUUCUGUGCACUACUUUCUUCGCGAAGCAGCUUGUUUGAUGCAGCAAGAGGUGUCCAAAUGA